GUGAUGUGACUUCAUAAGGCUGCGCCACGCUCCUGCAUCUGUUGUGAUUCGGCUGAAGAGAGGACAAAGUGUCCAAACACAGAGAAACUCCUGGUGAAGCAACUGAGAUCCACGUGACUCUGUUAUAAAGAUGGCGUUUAUUAAAGAGGAGAGUGAAGAUGUGAGGAUUGUAGAAAUAUUCAGCAUGAAACAAGAAGAUACUGAGACACAAACAGACCUGAUUGCACUGAAAGAAGAGAGUCAAGAACUGAAAAAGAUAGAAGAGAAAGAUCAAUAUGAGAGACAUGAUUUCAUGACUAUGGAAAAAUGCAUACAGACUGAAACAACUUCAUCACGAAAAAAAGUUCAGAAGACCGAAUCUAACAAUAACUUUACCUGCCAUCAAUGUGGAAAGAGUUUCAAUCAAAAACAUAACCUUAAAAACCACAUGAAGACUCACACUGGAGAGAAGCCUUUCACAUGCCAAGAGUGUGGAAAGUGUUUCACUCACACAGGAAACCUUAAUUCCCACAUGAAAAGUCACACUGGAGAGAAACCUUAUACCUGCCAACAAUGUGGAAAGAGUUUCAAUCAAAAACAUAACCUUAAAAACCACAUGAAGACUCACACUGGAGAGAAGCCUUUCACAUGCCAAGAGUGUGGAAAGUGUUUCACUCACACAGGAAACCUUAAUUCCCACAUGAAAAGUCACACUGGAGAGAAACCUUAUACCUGCCAACAGUGUGGAAAGAGUUUUACAUAUAAAAAAGACCUUAAUUCCCACAUGAACGGUCACACUGGAGAGAAGCCUUUCACAUGUGAUCAGUGUGGAAAGAGUUUCCGACAUAAAGUAACUCUUAAUUCCCACACAAAGAGAGAGCACUCAGGAGAGAAAGGUUUUAAAUGUCAUCAGUGUGGAGGGAGUUUCAGUUGUAAAGGAAGCCUCAAAACUCAUGAGAGACGUCACACUGCAGAGAAGCCUUUUACCUGCAAACAGUGUGGGAAGAGCUUCUCAUAUAAAGCACACCUUGAUUCCCACAUGAGAAGUCAUACUGGAGAGAAGCCUUUUACCUGCAAACUGUGUGGAAAUAGCUUCUCACACAAAGGAAAUCUUAAGUCACACAUGAGAAUUCACACUGGAGAGAAACCAUUUCCAUGUGAUCAGUGUGGAAAAAGUUUCAGACAUAAAGCAACCCUUGAUUCACACAUGAAAAGUCACACUGGAGAGAGUUCUUACACCUGCAAACUGUGUGAAAAGAGCUUCUCAUAUAAAGCAACAUUUAAUGCCCACAUGAGAAGUCACACAGGAGAGAGGCCUUUUACCUGCAAACUAUGUGAGAAGAGCUUCUCAAUAAAAGGAAAUCUUACGGCUCACAUGAAAACACACACAGGAGAGAAGCCAUUCAUGUGUGCUCAGUGUGGAAAGAGUUUUACACGUGAAAAAAACCUUACUUGCCACAUGAGGCUUCAUUCAAGAGAAGACAGUUUUAAUUGUCAUCAGUGUGGAAAGAGAUUCCCAGACAAGAGACACCUUAACUGGCAUUUAAAAAUUCACUCCCGAGAGACGUCUUUCAAAUGCAAUGACUGUGGAAAGAGUUUCAGAUUUAAAGGAAACCUUAAGACUCACAUGAGAAUUCACACUGGAGAGAAACCUUUCACCUGCACUCACUGUAGAAAGAGUUUCAGUCAGAACAUAACACUUCAGAUUCACACGAGGCUUCACACUGGAGAAAAACCUUUCACGUGUCUUCAGUGUAAGAAGAGUUUCACAUAUAAAAGAGACCUGAAACGUCAUUUGCAAACACAUUCUGGAAAGAAAUUGCACAGCUCUGCGAGUGAAAAAAGAAAAAGGAGCAAUUUAAAAAAUCCACUACGUACAAGACAAUUUAAUUUUGAUCAGUGUAACAAAAAAAUUAUUUUGCCAUCACACUUAAAGAUACACCUAAAAAGUCAUACAGAUGUGAGACCAUAUUUGUGUUUUUUAUGUGGAAAGCGCUUUAAAUGGCUCGGCAGUCUAAAAUGGCACCAAAAAAUAUGUAUCUGCGUGAAAUUAAAGCUACGUUCACACCGUAGCUGAAUAUGGCCCAAAUCUGAUUGUCCACCUUCAUGACCA